CCCCAAUACCAACACACACUGACAGCACAGGCUGAGCAGCCAGACCCAGAGUGACUGACCGUGGGCCCCACUUGUCCCGGCUGGCCUGGUCAGCCUCUGGAUUAUGGUCUGGCUGGGGCCCCCUUUGCUGCUCCCCAUCUUCUUCCUGGCUUCUCAUGUUGGCGCUGCGGUGGACUUGACGCUGCUGGCCGACCUGCGCCUGACCGAGCCCCAGCGCUUCUUCCUGACCUGCGUGUCCGGGGAGGCGGGGGCGGGCAGGGGCUCGGACGCCUGGGGGCCCCCGCUGCUGCUGGAGAAGGACGACCGCAUCGUGCGCACGCCCCGGCCCUGGCAGCCCCUGCACCUGGCCCGCAAUGGCUCGCGCCAGGUGACGCUGCGCGGCUUCUCGCAGCCCUCCGACCUGGUGGGCGUCUUCUCCUGCGUGGGCGGCGCGGGGGCGCGGCGCACGCGCGUCCUCUACGUGCACAACAGCCCAGGAGCCCACCUGCUCCCGGACAAGGUCACACACACGGUGAAUAAGGGCGACACGGCAGUACUUUCCGCGUGGGUGCGCAAGGAGAAGCAGACAGAUGUGAUCUGGAAGAGCAACGGAUCCUACUUCUACACCCUGGACUGGCACGAGGCCCAGGAAGGGCGGUUUUUGCUGCAGCUCCCAAGCGUGCAGCCGUCAUCAAGCGGCAUCUACAGUGCCACCUACCUGGAAGCGAGCCCACUGGGCAGCGCCUUCUUUCGACUCAUCGUGCGGGGUUGUGGGGCAGGGCACUGGGGACAAGACUGUACCAAGGAAUGCCCGGGCUGCCUGCAUGGAGGUGUCUGCCACGACCAGGACGGCGAGUGUGUGUGCCCUCCUGGAUUCACUGGGACCCGCUGUGAGCAGGCCUGCAGAGAGGGCCGUUUUGGGCAGAGCUGCCAGGAACAGUGCCCAGGCACAUCAGGCUGCCGAGGCCUCACCUUCUGCCUCCCGGACCCCUAUGGCUGUUCUUGUGGAUCUGGCUGGAGAGGAAGCCAGUGCCAGGAAGCCUGUGCCCCAGGUCAUUUUGGGGCUGACUGCCACCUCCAGUGCCAGUGUCAGAACGGCGGCACUUGUGACCGCUUCAGCGGCUGCGUCUGCCCCUCCGGGUGGCAUGGGGUGCAUUGUGAGAAGUCAGACCGGAUCCCCCAGAUCCUGGACAUGGUUUCAGAACUGGAGUUCAACUUAGAGACGACACCCCGGAUCAACUGUGCCGCCGUGGGGAACCCCUUCCCAGUCCGGGGCAGCGUGGAGCUCCGCAAGCCAGACGGCACGGUCCUCCUGUCCACCAAGGCCAUUGUGGAGCCAGAUAGGACCACAGCCGAGUUCGAGGUGCCCCGCUUGGCUCUUGGGGACAGUGGGCUCUGGGAGUGUCGCGUGUCCACGUCCGGUGGCCAAGACAGCCGACGCUUCAGGGUCAACGUCAAAGCCCAGGGGGUCCCCAGAUCUAAACCAAAAACCAAAGUUGUCUUUGAUGCCCAGAAGACAGAGUCUGCUCUUAUUUCCAAUGACGGGAGGGUGCUGUCUGGGCCAUGCCUUACCCCGAGUCUCCUGGCAGUGCCCCCGGUGCCCCUGACUGCCCCUCGGCUCCUGGCCAAGCAGAGCCGCCAGCUCGUGGUCUCCCCGCUGGUCUCCUUCUCCGGGGAUGGGCCCAUCGCCUCUGUACGGCUGCACUACCGGCCCCAGGACAGCACCAUGGCCUGGUCCACCAUCGUGGUGGACCCCAGUGAGAACGUGACGUUAAUGAACCUGAGGCCGAAGACGGGAUACAGUGUCCGCGUGCAGCUGAGCCGGCCAGGGGAAGGUGGGGAGGGGGCCUGGGGGCCUCCCACCCUCAUGACCACAGACUGUCCUGAGCCCUUGUUGCAGCCGUGGCUGGAGGGCUGGCAUGUGGAGGGCCCCGACCGGUUGCGAGUGAGCUGGUCCUUACCCUCGGUGCCGGGGCCACUGGUGGGCGAUGGUUUCCUGCUGCGCCUGUGGGACGGGGCCCGGGGACAGGAGCGGCGGGAGAACGUCUCGUCCCCCCAGGCCCGCACCGCCCUCCUGACCGGACUCACACCUGGCACCCACUACCAGCUGGACGUGCGACUCUACCACUGUACCCUCCUGGGCCCAGCCUCACCCGCUGCUCGUGUGCUUCUGCCCCCCAGCGGGCCCCCAGCCCCCCGACACCUCCACGCCCAGGCCCUUUCAGACUCCGAGAUCCAGCUGGUGUGGCAGCGCCCAGAGGCUCCAGCUGGGCCUAUAUCCAAGUACAUUGUGGAGGUGCAGGUGGCUGAGGGCUCAGGAGACCCGCUGUGGAUGGACGUGGACAGGCCCGAGGAGACGAGCACCGUCGUCCGUGGCCUCAACGCCAGCACGCGCUACCUCUUCCGUGUGCGGGCCAGUGUCCAGGGCCCCGGUGACUGGAGCAACAUGGUAGAAGAGUCCACCCUAAGCAACGGGCUGCAGAGUGAGGGCCCGGUCCAAGAGGUCCAGGCAGCUGAAGAGGGUCUGGAUCAACAGCUGGUCCUGGCUGUGGUGGGCUCUGUGUCUGCCACCUGCCUUACCAUCCUGGCUGCCCUCUUAACCCUGGCGUGCAUCCGCAGAAGCUGCCUGCAUCGCAGACGCACCUUCACCUACCAGUCGGGAUCGGGUGAGGAGACCAUCCUGCAGUUCAGCUCGGGCACCUUGACACUGACCCGGCGGCCAAAACCACAGCCCGAGCCCCUGAAUUACCCAGUGCUGGAAUGGGAGGACAUCACCUUUGAGGAUCUCAUUGGGGAGGGGAACUUCGGCCAGGUCAUCCGGGCCAUGAUCAAGAAGGACGGACUCAAGAUGAACGCAGCCAUCAAGAUGCUGAAAGAGUAUGCCUCUGAAAAUGAUCAUCGUGACUUCGCGGGAGAACUGGAAGUUCUGUGCAAAUUGGGGCAUCACCCCAACAUCAUCAACCUCUUGGGGGCCUGUGAGAACCGAGGUUACUUGUAUAUCGCCAUUGAAUAUGCCCCCUAUGGGAACCUGCUUGAUUUCCUGAGGAAGAGCCGGGUCCUGGAAACUGACCCAGCUUUUGCCCGAGAACAUGGAACGGCCUCCACCCUCAGCUCCCGGCAGUUGCUGCGUUUUGCCAGUGAUGCCGCCAAUGGCAUGCAGUACCUGAGUGAGAAGCAGUUCAUCCACAGGGACCUGGCUGCCCGAAACGUGCUAGUCGGAGAGAACCUGGCCUCCAAGAUUGCGGACUUCGGCCUUUCUCGGGGGGAGGAGGUUUAUGUGAAGAAGACGAUGGGGCGUCUCCCCGUGCGCUGGAUGGCCAUUGAGUCUCUGAACUACAGUGUCUAUACCACCAAGAGCGAUGUUUGGUCCUUUGGGGUCCUCCUCUGGGAGAUCGUGAGCCUUGGGGGCACCCCGUACUGCGGCAUGACAUGUGCCGAGCUCUAUGAGAAGCUGCCGCAGGGCUACCGCAUGGAGCAGCCUCGCAACUGUGACGAUGAAGUGUACGAGCUGAUGCGGCAGUGCUGGCGGGACCGUCCGUACGAGCGACCCCCCUUUGCCCAGAUCGCGCUGCAGCUGGGCCGAAUGCUGGAAGCCAGGAAGGCCUAUGUGAACAUGUCACUGUUUGAGAACUUCACGUACGCGGGCAUCGACGCUACAGCUGAGGAGGCCUGAGCUGCCAUCCGGCCAGAACGUGGCUCUGCUGGCCAGAGCAAACUCGGCUCUUCAACCUGUGACUUCUGACCCUUGUCGCCUGAGCUGCCUCAAGGAAUUGUUUUUUAACUUAAGGAAGAAAAAAGGGGAUCCAGGGAUGGGGUGGGCUUCGGGGGGGUGGGUCCUCAUCCUUUGCAGUUGCUCCCAGUGCCUCCUGAAUCACUGACGGCUACCCUCACGUCCUUCGUUCUAGUUCAGCUGUUCCACGUUUGUGCUCUUCUGUUCCCUGCCCUCAAACCCCUGCUUCAGCCCCUCCACUCAAGCCAGCACUCAUACCACUAACAUGCCCUGUUCAGCUGCGCCCCACUCCCAGCCUUGUAAUCAGGAAAAAUAAAUGCUCUGAGAAGCUCCA